GGUUGCCAUAACAGGGGGGAGUUGCCAUAACGGGAGUGAGUUGCCAUAACGGGAGUGAGUUGCCAUAACGGGAGUGAGUUGCCAUAACGGGAGUGAGUUGCCAUAACGGGAGUGAGUUGUCAUAAUAUUGGAGGACGAAAGCUGAAAAAGAGGAGGAAGAGAAGGUCAGGAUGUGGAGAGGAGUAUUGAUGAUAGUGAUGAUGUCAUCCAGUACAUCAAUAGGUCAGAGAUGGUCCAGGAUCACGACGCUGAACCAGCAUCAUCAUGAUGACUCACAAGGUUUGUGUCGUAAUUCAUCACACGUGGUGGAACUUAUUAAGCAGAGCAAGUGUCGCCCAGUGGAACAACCAGUACCAGUACCAGUACCCAGGGGAUACCAGUCUAUAAAUCCUUCGGUGGUCUUUGUGACGCGCUGUCAAGGCCUGGCCUGUCACCCGUCAAGUUACAGUUGCCUGCCCCUACAUACCACCUCUCUUAAGAUCCCAGUGUAUGUGCACGGUGCUGGGAGGAGCAGGAGGUGUCUGGAGGUGAAUGUGGAGGUUCACACUGGCUGUAAGUGUGGCUGUGACAAGAUCUGUCCUAGCAACCAG